AUACUAGUAAACACUGUGUUACACAGCGUCGCUUGUGUACGUAGCUGGAAAGCGCCCUUUGUAAUUGUGAGAUAAUAGGCACACGUGUCUGUCUAUUUGUAUUGAUCUAUUUGCACACUUGCAAAGAUUUUUAACACAGAAGUGACUUGGAGGGAGGCACUUAAAGAUAAAUAAAUUCAUUGAAUUUUGUACUAGUACUGCCGAAAAAUUUCAGGAACGGUCACGAGCAUAUCUGUUCCCUGGCUUUUGCUCCUCCCGUGAAGGGGCAUGCGCUACAUAAGCAAAGAAGAAGAAGAAGCAUACCUGUUCUUUAUGUGACAUUAUUUUUUCCCGUAGUUCUAUAUCACUUUCAACUUGGCUAGUGAAGAAUCACUUUAGGUUUUUAAAAAUGGCAGAUAUAUCAAUGAACAUGAGUAUCACGCGGAAAAUGUCCUUUGGAAUCAAUGGCAAACUUAACGGCGUCGAAGGCAAGACACCGUUUCUGAUAGGUGUUUCAGGCGGCACUGCAAGCGGAAAAUCUACAGUAUGCAAACGUAUAAUGGAAAAGUUGGGACAGGUUGAUAUGGAUCAUCAGCAACGUCGAGUAGUCUGUAUUUCACAAGAUAGUUUCUAUCGUGAUCUAACGCUUGCCGAGAAAGUGAAGGCAGAAAAAGGGCAGUACAAUUUUGAUCAUCCUGAUGCAUUUGACGAUGAUUUGAUUUUACAAACACUGCAGGAUAUAUUGGCUGGUGUCAAGUGUGAAAUACCAGCUUACGAUUAUAGAACAAACAGUUUAAUGAAAGAUCAGGUUACUACAAUAUAUCCUGCUGAUGUGGUACUGUUUGAAGGAAUACUGGUAUUCUAUUUCCCUAAAAUUCGAGAUCUGUUUCACAUGAAAUUGUUUGUGGAUACUGAUUCAGAUACUAGACUUGCAAGAAGAGUACCAAGAGACAUAAAAGAACGUGGGAGAGAUUUGGAUUAUGUCUUGAACCAGUACAUGAAUUUUGUAAAACCAGCUUUUGAAGAGUUUUGCUUGCCAACAAAAAAAUUUGCAGAUGUCAUAAUACCCAGAGGAGCGGAUAAUACAGUGGCAAUAGACCUAAUAGUGCAUCACAUCUGGGAUAUUUUGCGUUUGAAAAAGGCCGAAAGCUCGUCCGGGCAGCAUCCAUUCCUCUACCAGCGUAGGCGUACUUCGGCCUCUUCCGACACACUCAGCAGAUGAUUUAAGCAUGACAAGCUCACUCUUUUAAGCACAGCAUUUUUUUCUAUGCCUUUAUGUAUGACUGAAUUUUUCCAGUUCCUUUUUUUAAUGUUUAGAAAAAAAUAAUAUUCAUCGUUUGUUAAAUUUAAAAAUUACAUUUACAUUGUUAGUGCCAAUUGAUAACAAAUCGGACAAUCUAUCGUCAAAAUAUUCUCUCAUUGAACAAAAGAAAAAACAAACAAAUACGCGAUAAUUUUAUCAUAUCAUUAUCAAACUGACGCAGUUCUGUCAAUGUGACUAAUAUCAAGUAUUAAGUCUUUACAUGUGUAUAUAUAUAUAUACAUAUAUAAUCAUAAUUUUUGAAGAAUUAUGUCUUAUAUACCAAAAGUGGUGUUUUGUAUGUAUUAAUAGUGUUUUUAUAUGUAUUUAAAUCUCGGGGAUAAAUAUUCCUGAAUAAAUUAUAAAAAUAUACUUAAAAAAAAUCAGAAAAAUACAUGAAACUGUAUAAGUCCGCUAAAAUAUAUAGAUAAUUUAAAAGGAUUUACUUGCUGACUAGAGUUAAUGAAUCAUAGAUAUACAUACAUAAUCACAUCUUAUAUUUCUGAACAAAUGUGCAAAUAUCUCAAAUAUUAACUACAUGAGAAAGUAUGUAUACAUAAUGUGUGCAAUUGUGUCUGUGAUAUCAUCAUGCAUGUGUAUAUGAUAUAUAAACAUAUAUGUAGUACUUACUUUACACACUUUACAUUUUAAACUUCUCUAUAAAAUAUUUAAUUUCUAAGUAUUUCAGUACGAUUACAUUCGCUUUUAAAUACUAAUAUUUGUAUGACUACAAUCGCUUUUAAAUAAUAAUAUUUCACAACGUAAGAGAGCGCGCACACGUCAUUGUCAUUAGCAUAAUCAUUUGUGUAAUACGAGGUAGUUAGACUAGUUUAAAAGACUUCAUUGCAUUAAUUGCAAUUGAUUAAAAACUUGUAUUUUACAUAAUAAGAUAUAUUCCAUAUGACGCGCGUUAAUUUUUGUAUCUUAAUACAAAUUUCUAUAAAAGUAUACAAAAAAUACAUUAAGAGUAAUAUUUCUUUCAACAUGAUAUUACUUUUAGAAAUUACAAAAUUAACUUUAUUUUACCUAUUUAAUAUAAUUUUUUGAUAAAAUUUAUAAGUGCACAACUUUUGUAUAGCUAAUAUACAAGUUUUAAUUAAAAUUUUGUAAUCUUGUUUCUUUUAAGUUUUUAAUUAUUUUUGAAUUAUAUGUAUUUUUUUAUAUGUAACAGUUUAUAUUUUAAUAGUCAUGUAUUUUCAUAAUUUGUUUUUUUCUUCCUAAUCAGUAUUUUAUCUGUAGUCAACAUAAAUAGUGCUAGUUCUGGGACAUUUUAUUGUAUAUUAUCGGUGAAAGAAAACUUGUAAACACAACUAUGUCUUAUGUAUAAUAAAUUAUGUAAUUAGAUAACAAUUGUUGCCUACACACAAAAUAGUUGCAUUUAAUUCCAAGUAUCUGAAUAAUUUUUUAUAUUGUUUAAGAGAUGUAAAAAAUGAUAUAUAUUACAAAUAAAUAAAUUUGUUAUCUCCGUUUGCCCCUGCCCCUCUCAAUUGUAUAUACAUAUUGCACA